AUGGCGUCUGGGUACAAGGUGGUUCUUCUUGGUGAGGGACGCGUGGGAAAGACGUCAUUGGUCUCCCGCUUUGCGCACGAUGCCUUUGACGAGAACCAGAGUAGUACAAUUCAGGCAAGCAUGUACACAAGUGCGGACGUGCCUUUACUGGAUGGCAGCGGUGCCAAGGUGAAAAUCAAUGUAUGGGACACCGCGGGGCAGGAAAGGUUUCACGCACUUGGUCCCAUUUAUUACCGAAAUGCUGACGGGGCGUUGCUUGUGUAUGACAUCACGGAUGCCGACACCCUUGAGAAGGUGCGACUGUGGAUUAGGGAGCUCCGGGCUGUUGUGGGGGACCAGAUUCAGCUUGUAAUUUGCGGCAACAAGUCCGAUCGUGAGGAGGAGCGCGAUAUUAGAAAGGAGAAGGCGGAGGAGUUUGCAAAGUCACAUGAGGCACUGCACUUUGUGACGAGUGCAAAGACAGGCGAAAAUGUGGCGGUGGCGUUUCAGGCUUUGGCGACGGCAGUAGCGACGGCAUCGGGAGGACGUGGGAGUGGCGGUGGGGCUACGAACACCGGCGGCACGAAUAACGCUGCAGUCACCGCAGCGAGAGGUCGGCGUAAGCGACGUGGUCUUCUUCGCAUUGAGGAUGACUGGGAAGAGGAGCGGCUGGCCGCUGGCGGGCAGAAUAAAGCCGAAAGGGGGAGUCAUGCAUGUGAUCGUCCUGCGGCGCGUGGGGCAACGGGUGUCUCCGCCCCCUCUGGUGAGGAUUACACGUGUAGUGGCACCCAGAAAUCGCGUAGGCCGGGGCCUGCCACGGUGAAUUUAAGUGCGGCGGCAACCCAUACCGCGAGGAGACCGUCUGGAUCGAGUGGGUCUUUGGGCUGCUGCGGGUGA